AUGCUUCAACCGCCCAAGCUAUGGCCUGAAGCUGCACCCAAAUUGACCAUUGCAAUGCCAGAUGCCUCCUGCUAUACACCGACGGAUCUUCUCACGCUUCUCAAUUGGCUCAUUCUUAACCAAUCAUUGAUAGCUCUGGCAUCGCCCCAACCCCUGCCUGCUACAGCGACGUUUCAAUUUUCUCUUCCGCCCCUCCUUCACACUACUUCCAGUGCAGUUACUCUCCAAACCUCCAGCAGCCAACGACAGCAGCAGAGUCCGCACUACUUUCCUGCCUUUAAUGCGCCUCGAUCUACGUGA